UGCAGAUUUGUACUCUGUGCUGACCGUUUUCUGUCACGCAUUGGCUGGGGAAGCGAUCAAGGGAUUGGAGGAUUUGGAGAGGAACCAGGAAUUAAAGCACAGCUAACGAACCUUAUUCGAUCUGUACGAACCGUUAUGAGAGUGCCACUAAUAGCAGUGAACUCCGUUACAAUCGUUCUCCUCCUCUUGUUUGGUUGA